CACCUUACUGCACUAAUGAACAGUGACUGCAAUGGGUAUGGGGGAGACUUGAUAAUAUGGGUGAAUGUAGUAACCACAUUGUUUUUAAUGUGAAACUUCGUAAGAGUGUAUAUCAAUAAUACCUUAAUAAAAAAUUGCAUAUAAAAAGCAGUGAAUUGUGAAACAUGUUUAAGUGGACUGCAUAUUAAAGGCAAGGAGAGUGUUAGUAAAGAGCUUAGCUGGCUAGAUUAGAAUAAAGAAAUUGUCUCUCCCCAUCUGUUCCAAUUAGCUUAUCUCCUGCUUUCAUAGCAUGAUGGUUAUUUUAGAAAAGAAGUGAGAGGUUCUUGGAAAGGACACCAUUUUUAUUUAAGCUAAUUUAUAAUGGUUUUGGAAUGGUUAUCAGUUCUCCAACAAACUUUUAAAUGUUAGUGUUUUCCUGUAACAAUUUUGUUAUUGGAAGUUUCAAGGCUUUGGGUGUUCAGUUAAGGAUUUUGGCUUCUCUUUUGUUUUGAUCCAAAUGAUUAUGUUUCCUUAUUUUGAAAAGAUUUCUCUGGGUAUUUUGAUAUUUGUCCUGAUAGAAGAAAGCCUUCCAUCAUUAACAGCACAAACCUACUUACCUUUAGAAGAGAUCCAGGAACCCAGGGUUGCAGUUACUUUUCUUCUGACUGAUUUGGAAUCCACAGACAAUUCUCUAUCUGCCGAAAAGAAACAACCUCUGGACCACAGAGAGGCUGAAAGACAGUGGCUGCUCAGAAGAAAGCGAUCUACUCUGUUUCCUAAUGCUGUGAAAACCUGCCCAGGUGAAAGUGUUACAGAGGCUGUGGCGAACCAUGUGAAAUAUUUUAAAGUCCGAGUGUGUCAGGAAGCUGUCUGGGAAGCCUUCAGGACUUUUUGGGAUCGACUUCCUGGGCAGGAUGAAUAUCAUUACUGGAUGAAUUUGUGUGAGGAUGGAAUCACAACUGUAUUAGAAAUGGGCACAAACUUUAGUCAGUCUGUGGAACACAGAAGCUUAAUUACAAAGAAACUGAUGUAUGCAAAAGAAACUGUAAGAAGACUUGAAUUGUCAUCUCCAGUUCCUGUUGGUGAUACCCCAACAUUGGGAGGUACUGUUCUCAGAUUUCCACAUCUAGAGGUGACCUCCUAUGAAAGUGCUCCAGAGAGCAGCUUGGAGAGGCCAGAGCAGAGUAUUAGCAAUGAAAUUGAGAAUGUGGUAGAAGAAUCCACAAAACCAGCAGCUGAGCAGAUCGCAGAAUUCAGUAUCCACCUUUUGGGAAAGCAGUACAGGGAAGAACUACAGGAUCCCUCCAGCUUCUACCACCAGCGCCUUGUGGAAGAGUUUAUUUCAGAGGUUGAAAAUGCAUUUACUGGGUUACCAGGCUAUAAGGACAUUCAUGUGCUUGACUUUAGCUCCCCCAAGGAAAAUGGCAGUGGCAUAGAUGUUCACUAUGCAGUUACCUUCAAUGGUGAGGCCAUCAGCAAUACUACCUGGGACCUACUUAGCCUUCACUCCAACAAGGUGGAAAACCAUGGUCUUGUGGAAUUGGAUGAUAAGCCCACUGCUGUUUAUACAAUUAGUAACUUCAGAGAUUAUAUGGCAGAAACACUAAACCAGAAUUUUUUGCUGGGGAACUCCUCUUUGAACCCCGAUCCUGACUCCCUUCAGCUUAUCAAUGUGAGAGGAGUUUUACUCCGCCAAACUGAAGACCUGCUUUGGAUCACCCAAAGUUCCAGUGGUCAGGCAACCCCGCCAUCUGUUCUGGAAAAUACCCUUCAAGCUGAAUGGCCCUCAGCAGAUGAAUCCACCACCAGCAGUAUUCCACCACGUGAUUUCAGCCCUGGUCCUCCCUCAGCCACUGGCAGCGAGCUCUGGUCAGAAAGUCCUUUGGGAGAUUUAGUGUCUAUAUCCGAGUCAGCCUUUUCCCUGAAGGAGGGCCGCAGUGCUUCCCCGGAGGCUUUAGACUUUAGUGGCUUGACACUUCAUUCUGUCACCCCAGCGGUGCUUCACACGGGCUCACCGGUGGCUUCUGAAGAAAGGGCUUCUGGGUCUCACUUAUUAGAAGAUGGAUUAACCAAAGUAGAAGAGUCAGAAGAUUUUCUUUCUGUUGAUCCAUUGCCUUCAAGUCCAUUCAUUCAUCCUAUGCCAAAAGAAACAGUACCACCCAUGGAAGACUCUGGGAUGUCUUUGCCAUCCUCACCAUAUCUGGCCUCCUCUAUUGCAUUAGAUCUUCUUGCUGAAGAAAUAACUACAUCUUUUGGCUUGGACUCUUUGGCCUCCAAAGUCAAAGACCAAUUAGAAGUGAGCACUGUGAUGUCAGACACAUCCAUAGAAAAAGAGUUCAUAUUUGAGAGUGGUUUAGGUUCAGGGUCUGGUCAAAACGUGGAUCUAACUGCUUGGCCUCUGAGUGAGACUUCAUUAGAGAAAAGUACAGAGCCACUGUCCAAGUCAUGGCUUGAAGAUCAGGAUUCACUUUUGCCAACUUUGGGUGUAGGUAGGAAACUAGUUACAGAUGACAAAAUAGAUUCCACAGACCAAAGUACUGAGUAUGUAAAAUAUGUGCAUCUUGAUAGAGCCACAAACUUUGCAGAAGAAGAGCCCCUUGGUGGGCCUACUGUGCCCAUCUUCACAGAGAGCACAACUCAGUCUGCAUCACCAAUUCUCUCCAAGCAUGCAUCAGAGGUCCCUGACAAAGCACCUCUUCUACUGACAUCUAUAGCAAGCUCUGCUUCUACUGAUAAACCAGAUCAAGAAGAACCCUUUCUAAAGGGGAGUACUGAACAAAUUACAGAGUCAUCCAAACAUGAAUUGUUUGGCAGCAAGGUUUCAGUAGUGAAGCCAGAUACACAACCUUUGUGGACCAUAUCGCCAGAAUCCAAUGUAGUUUGGGCAAGAACUUCGUCCCUAGAGAAGUUGUCUGGAGUCACCCUGACAAGCAUGCCACAGAGCACUGACAGGCUCUGGUUGAAACCUCCCGUGGCUCAAUCCACCAAACUGCCUCCAACCACAAGCUCCACCCUGCUGAAGGAUGAAGUAAUUAUGGGCGUACAGGAUAUUUCAUUAGAGCUGGACCAGAUAGGCAAAGAUUACUAUCAGCCUGAGCUAGUCCCAGAGGAGAAUGGCAAGGUUGGUAGUUAUGUGGAGCUGCCUGCAAGAGCUCACUCUACAGAGAGGGCUGUUGUGGCUUGGCCGGCAGAAGAAGGGGACUCGCAUCAUGCCCAGACUGCAGGUGCCUUGCUGGUUUUCUUCAGCCUCCGGGUGACUAACAUGAUGUUUUCAGAAGAUCUGUUUAAUAAGAACUCUUUGGAGUAUAAAGCCCUGGAACAAAGAUUCUUAGAAUUGCUGGUUCCCUAUCUCCAGUCAAAUCUCACAGGGUUCCAGAAUUUAGAAAUCCUGAACUUCAGAAAUGGCAGUAUUGUGGUGAACAGCCGAAUGAAGUUUGCCGAGUCUGCCCCUCUUAACGUCAGCAGGGCUGUAUACAUGAUCCUGGAAGACUUUUGCACCACUGCCUACCAAACCAUGAACUUGGCUAUUGAUAAAUACUCUCUUGAUGUGGAAUCAGGUGAUCAAGCCAACCCUUGCAAGUUCCAGGCAUGCAGUGAGUUUUCUGAGUGUUUGGUCAGCCCCUGGAGUGGAGAAGCAGAGUGCAGAUGCUACCCUGGGUACCUGAGUGUGGAUGAACUGCCCUGCCAGAGUCUCUGUGACCUACAACCUGACUUCUGCUUGAAUGAUGGAAAGUGUGACAUUAUGCCUGCACACGGGGCCAUUUGCAGAUGCCGGGUGGGUGAGAACUGGUGGUACCGGGGUGAGCACUGUGAGGAGUUUGUAUCUGAGCCCUUCGUGGUGGGCAUCACUGUUGCCUCCGUGGUCGGACUUGCCCUCAUCUCUUCUGCAGUCAUCUUCUUCCUGACCAGGACACUUCAAGCUCAGCAUGUUGGGAGAGAAAGAAAGAAGUCCUCCAGCAGGCAGCCUGACAGCCUCGCAACCAUUGAAAAUGCGCUGAAGCACAACCCUGUGUAUGAAAGACCCGGGGGUGGACGCAGGCAUCCCGAGGGACCCUGUCCUCAGCCUCCCUUCUAUAGCUGUGCAGGCGGGGAGGCGAUUGGCGGUCUGAGCAGGGAAGAAAUCAGGCAGAUGUAUGAGAAUAGUGAGCUUUCCCAAGAGGAAAUUCAAGAACGAAUGAGAGUUUUGGAGCUGUAUGCCAGUGAUCCUGAGUUUGCAGCUUUUGUGAGACAACAUCAAAUGGAAGAGCUUUAAUCAAAACUUCUAUUUUGAAACUGAUGAGAAGCCUAGAGAAGAUGGAGAUCACUUGUUACCUAUGUCAUAUAAUUAACCUGGAUUUUGAACUCUGUUGGAAGAAUUUUCUAUUAAAAGACAUUAAAUUUGGGGAACAAAACUUUUUUUCCAGCUUAAAAUUUCAGAGCGUAAUAGACUUCACAACUUUUAUACCUACAAAGACCAAAAAGCAAAUUUAAAGAAAUUCAAAACUUCUGCUUCUGAAUGUCUGAGGGUCUCUUAAAAACUGUGCCUCAGGUUUCCCCCAUUGGGAAGAUACGGUGAGACUGUUACAGGAAAAGGCAGGCGUAAUAGCUAAAUAUUUUGUAGCGUGUUUGUUAUUUUCAGGUGGAAUGAGCAGCCUUUGAAGUAAUUUUAGUAUAGUUUCUAGUCAGACAUUUACCUAAAUAAAAUAUUAAGCUCUUUGGUAGUUAAAUGACUAAAGAAAAAGCAACCUUUUUGCUGCAGUGUAGGGUUAGGCUAGUACUUUAUCCUUCCACCAGAGUUUUGAAUUUCCUGAGCAUAUUAAUAAAGACCACAUUAUUGCUAAGUAUAUCCAUAUCCUAUUUUUUUUUUUUAGCUGUCAAGAACAAUACUAUAUAUAAAGUUUAGCGGGUUCCUUUCAGACAGAAGACGAAGUUAAUCAUGUGGACAGGUAGGGAAUGGGUAUUGGGUCCAGAUCACAGCCCUGAGAAUAUAUGUGCAUGUUGGUGGGAAAAGCUAGUCAGAGCUAAUAGGUCCUCUGACUCUGCUUCCGAUAUCUAAGGAUGUUCUGGGUGAUUCCAGAUCUUCUCUAGUUCUUGGUAUAUUAAUUUGGAAAACAGCUCUUCACUACCUCACAUAGUGUAGGUUAGCCCAUUCUCAUUGCUUCUCCUUUGGGUAAUAACUCAUGUCUAAAUUAAUUUCUGCUUAUGUGAAAUGUGACAGGAUUUUUAUUGCAAUUAAAAUAUCUUUAUAGGUAGGAAAAGUCCACAUCUUAUAUAAGUUUUAACUGAAAAUGGAAGUUUUCCUCUUUCCUUUUAGUAUGUUUUUGAACUGGUAGCUUUGGACAAGACGAGAGGGUCAAAUAAUCAUCACUUUUAAUAUCAAAUCACAUGCAAAUAGGGUAGUGUUGAUACACGUAUUUUAUGUUAGCUGUCUUCAUGUUUGUAAAAAUAAUCUUUAACAUUUCGAUCUCUUUCUGACCAGAUAUAACUAACCAGGGAUAGAUUGACCAUAAGAUAAAAUACAUGGUUCACUUUUUUUCCCCUUAACUUGAUAACUGCCAAUUCCACUCAUUAGGAUAACAAACUAAAUCUCUGGGCUGAGUAUAUGCCACAGUAAAGGUAUUGAAGACCUUGAGGAUAUCCAGGUAAUGUGCAACUUGUGCAUAGGUAACAGUGUGUGUGAAGGCUGUUCCCUUAUCUCAGUAUUCCUUUUUAUUCCAUACUCACAUACUAAAUGCUCUGUAAGUUCAGCAGUGGUACAAGCCAUUACUGGGACAUUUUCUACUGGGCACAUUUGAAAGGUAAUUGAUAAUUAUUUUUAAAGCAUUGUAAAUGUUAAUGACAUUUAUCACUAAUAAAUACUUAAUUUUAUUUAUAAAACUUCCAAAGAUUUCUUUUAAAGAUUUGCAACAUUUUUCCUAAACUUAUUUGUGUUAGUUGAACAAGAAAAUUUGUUUUUACCACAAAUUAACCCUAGAAGGAAACCUUUUGAAUGUUUCCUUGGUGGCAGAAUUCUAGAUGGACAUAAAGGGAGACUAAAGCAGGUCACCACGUGGGACAUUUAGGAGAAGCACAAACUGAGCUGAAGGAGGACUGUGACACAUCUCUGUCUGUGAUUUCCUUUUAUGUGACCUUUUCAUGCAAGAGCAAACCACUUAGCUGUACAUGAAUGUUUGCUCCACAUCUAUUAAAUGGAAAAAUAAAGAAACUCCUGCACUCUUCAGGGAGACACCUGGAGACCUCAGUCCAGGAAUAAGGACUUCUGCCCUACCUUUGCUGUAGCUGACCCACAGUGAGAAAAUAUGGAGAAGGCAGUUUCCAUUGAUGUUCAACUAAAGGGCUAACAGAGCUAGUCUGACAGGACAGAGUACCUCAAAAAAUCUUUUUAAAAGAGCUUUCCUUGAGGUAAUUUAAUGACACAUACUCAUUUAAAAGUAUUAAGCUGACCUCUCCUUUAGUCUGUGUGAUUGAUGAAUGAUAUGCUCUAAUUAGUUUCAGUAACCUAGUCAUGUCAAUGAAACUAUCCUAUUUAAAAACAGAAGAAUGCAGUUAGCACUAAAAUCACAUGGUAAAUAACUUUUUUGAUUCAUAAGGUGCUUUGGAGUUUUGUAGAUACAUAUACAUGAUUCUUAUUUUUAUGGGUUGUGGAUAAAGGGGAAUUUAUUUGAUAAACAAGACUCCAUUUCUACCAUGGCAGUGUUUUAAGGGUGUUUGUCCAUAUUUGUGUACCCUAAAGUCCAAUUUACUUUGCAUAAUCAAGCAAGGGCAUGUUUUAGUGGAUUUUAUUACCAUCUCUGUUUUUUUCUUCUGUAGAACUAGUCACCAUGAGUUGGCCACUCUCCUCCUCCUUCCCCUUUUUUACCACACAGUGAGUUGUAAUAUAGCUGAACAAUUCUGACUUAAUAUUACUUCUGACAAAAAGAUGGAAACUGCACAGAUAUUCUUUGUAGGAUCUAAAAAAUAUGUUGACUCAAAUAUGAUACCUGAUCUAGUUACUCAUUUGCAUGCUCAUUCUAUAAGUUUGCUUGCCUUCCAUUUCAUGAUUUUUAGACAGCUGGUAUCUUUGUGUCAUUUCCAUGUUUUCGAUAAUGGAUAUUUUGACACUGUUAGCCUGUGAAUUGAAUUUUCAUUUUGAAAUGGAAGGAGAAGGCAGUAUACUUAUUCCAUAAGGAAACAUCUGAUUUAGGAGAAUAAUUUAUCUUUAUUAAAUUGAGAGGUUUUAGCAAAAAAAAAAAGGGAGGGGGUCUUUUUUUUUGUUAAAGUGAUGAUUCUAACAAUCCCCAGUAGGAAUAGGUGGGGCCAGCCUUCCUCAUUUACAGUCCAGCUGCAGUGAGUCAUGGAUCUUGGUUCAUUCCGUUCCCAAGUGUGUAAGAAAUGCAAAAAGCGGUAUGAAAGUCACAGCCCUCAAAUCCAUUGUGUUGUGUCCCACGAAAGAUCCUGGCUGGAAGUGGCAAGAUGUGAGGGUACCAGAAAGUAACUGAUGAUGUAAAGAAUCUGCCUUUGACUCACAUAUUUUGUAAAACCUUACAGUACUCCACUGAAUAAGACACUGGUUAAAACACUACCUCCCCUCAGGAUAGUGAGACACAGGUUAAAGCAUUCCCCUCAGCCACAUAAUUUACAGCUACAGCCUAGAUUAAAUGAUUCCUCAUCCUGGCACUUUUUUCUCACUGACAUUUAAUUAUUUCUUUAGAGAUUAAGGGCAUAAACAGGAAGAAAGUAACCAUUACAUCAGAGAAUAAAGGUCUAAUUAUGUAUCAGGACUGUUGAUUCUGAAGCAGUUGUGUAUAUACCAUAAUACGUGUUUAUUAUGGAGUAUGAAUAAUGAAACAUUUUUCCUUCUCAUCUUGUUCAUAAUGACAUUUACCUAAUAUAUGUAUCAGAUAAAUUCAUGUUACCAUGCUGUUUUCUUGAAAUGCUCUAAUCUUAAUGAUAGUUAGAAAUAAAAGGUUAAAAGUCUUUAUGUAUGUAAGAGGAUCUUUCUUUUCUCAUGUAUAUAAUUGUGCCAUUUUCAUUAUUAAUAAACU